AUGUGGAUCUCGAGGUCGCGUUCUCUGCGCCCUGAGGUGCAAUCGAGCUCCUUCAGGGCCGCCGGGGAAUCGUUUCGCCUCUCGUGUCCAACUCGCCUUCCUUCCUCUCCUUCGAGUCUCCUCGCCUUCCACCCGACCCUCCCCUCCACCGAGGCGAGCGCCGCUGCCGCUGGGCCUUCUCCAUCGCCUCGCGGCUCGCUGCCUUCUUCCUGCAGGACUUGUCUGCCGUCUCGCCCCUCGUUUUCUUCUCUGGUUUCUGAGUCUUCGUCCGCUCGGCUUCUGUGUGAGGCGUGUUCUCCGCGUGUUUCGUUCCUCUCAGCCUCGGCGCCGUCGCGGCGCGGCAGCCCCUGGUGUCGCUCUUCUGCGGGUUUCCACACUCUCGCCCCCUUUCUUCUCUCGCGUCCGCGGCUCGCAGCCUGCGCCGCUAGCGCGGAACAUUCUUCAGAGGCGUCUGCGAAGGACAGCCGCGCCCUCUCCGCCUGUCCCUCCGCGGAGGUGUCCGUCCCUCGCAGUCCGCCUGAAGAAGUCAUCCUUCUUCGCUCCAUCGAGGCACGCUACGGCAACCUCCGGAAGGAGGAUCGGCUCAAGAUCCUCGCGCAGAAGCGAAAAGAAAUUCUAAAUUCUUCUCCAGUCCCGUGGGAGGUCUUCCGCAGCACGAACUUGGAUGCGCAAUUGGCGGACAAGCGCGAAGAAGAGCGGCGCCUCGAGGAGCGAAAAGCGAGCCGCAGAGACGAGGCUGAGCGCGACAAGCCAGCGCAUUUGCGGCGGAGAUCGUACAAGUCGAAGAGACUCCGUCAGGAGGAAGAUGACCAACAAUACGUCACGUCGGCGAACUUCUCGGAGGCGACAGAGUUGCUCAGCCUUGCGGAAGACCUCCACAAAUCCGAGAUCUACGUGCAGACGACGGAGAAGCUCGCCAAGCAAUGGCCAGCGGCUGGAGGCGUCGCAAAAGGCGUUCAGCGGGACCAGUUCUUCGACGUCAUGGCCGCCGCCAUCAGAGACGACCUGCAGGACCAGAGCCGACCCGUGUUGGUUAACGAGUUGACAGAUCUGGAAAAUCCGUACAGCAUGAAGAGAGAAGCUCUGCGGCGUCUUCUCAUUCACUCCUGCACUCGCAACUGCCUCGACGAAUCUCUGACCGACACGCUGCUCGACAGGCGGGCGGAUCUUUUGCGGCUGAGAAGCAAGGCGCGUCUUCCGCCGGAGGCGCUGGAGCCUUUGGCUGCGUUUUCAGGCAUCACACGUUUUUCUUUUGAUCGCCGAACGCGGCUGAAUCAGAAGGCGUUGGCGCUUCAACAUCUUCUGCAGCGCCUGCCGGCGGAUCUCGGCUCGAAGCCGGCGACCGCCGCGCAGAAUGGCGGGGAUGGAGCCCCGGCGGACACAGAGGACAUCGACGAUAUCUUGAGCGCCUUGCCGGAGAACUUUCCAUCUGAUGAGCUUCAUCCGCUUCAUCCUUUCCGCAAUCACUUUGGAUUUGAGUCCUCGGUUCCGCACGGCGUGGUCGGAUCGAUUGCGAUGGGAAGGGGCCGGAAGAAGAUCGAGAAGGAGCUCGCUUUGCUCCGUUAUCCGACUUUGCAGCGCGUCGCGCACUCACUUCCUAAAGACCUGAAAUAUCGCGAGAGUGUUGCGCAUGCCAUACGAGUUCUGGAGCGGUCUCGCGGGUGGGACUUCGAAAGCAAAGUCAAGGCUAUCAACGCAUUGGUGGAAGUGUGGAACCGCCUGGCGCCGGGGCGAACCUACGAGAAGAUCCUCAAUCACGCAUUCCCUGUCUUCAGGGCGCGUGGCAUGGUGAAGAAGACCCGCUCAAGAGCUGCGGUCUUCAAUAGAGGACUGAAGUAUAUUCGGUCGCUCACAACUCAGAAGCCUCUGCAUGUGCGCUUGCAGAAGAAGAAAUGA